AUGAAGGCCCAGAAGGAACCAGCCAUACAUCGCCCGCCCUCCAAUGAACAGUGCGUAUCUCCCGUUUCGGCUUCGUCGUUAUCGGACAACGAGAAAAGAAAUGCGAUGUCCUUGUUCGUAACCUAUGUCCUUGUCCUCGGUCGCAGCUUGGAAUCUUCACGGGGCCUCUUGGAACUGUUGACCCCGGCUCUUGCCUUGGAGGUUGAUGAUUCGCCGCUAUCUCUUUCACUCCACGCUGCCGCUAUCCAGUUGUGGUGUUUAAUAAAUUCAAGAUCAUUCUCCUCUUCCGACAAGAUACUCACUCAGGCGUAUUCGCGUCUGAGGACCGCAAUUCAAGACCCAUUGCAGCGUAGCUGUGAGAGCACUGUUUUGGCUGCGCUCCUCUUGCAACGAUAUGAGCGCUUUUCGGCUGUGUGGAAUCAACAUGAACAAUGUCACGUUCAUCGAAAUGGUGCACUGGCUUUGCUAAGACAGCAAAAGCUGGAUGGAAUACAUUCGAAGCAUCGUGGCUAUCUGAUAUCCCAGCUGUUUCAUAUAGAGGUUAACAUUUGUAUUUCCAAGAAAAUCCCGUUUCAGGCGAGCGAAAUUUCCUGGUUGACACACCAAGAUCUUUCGAUCUUGCCGUCAAACCCAAGCACGGCUCUGGAUAUCAUCGGCGCUUCCAUUGCCAACCACCAGCACAAAUUCUACCUACUAUCAGCAGAGAAAUUCAUCACAGCUUCGGAACAAGAGCUGUCGCAUUGGAAUGAAGAGCUUGAAGACACUGAGAACCAACUGCACAGCUGGCCAGACAGUGUACCCAGACACUGGCUUCCACAGACGCUUCAGUCGGGAAAGCACUUUGAUCGAUCGAUUAUCACGUAUGCGGGAUAUAGCGACAUUUAUCCCAACAUCCAAAUCGCAUCAAUUUGGAAUCUAUGGCGUACUUAUUGCCUUCUCAUGCUGCGAAUAAAACUGGCUCUUCUUGACCUCUUUCCUAGCUUGUAUGAGGUUGCAGGCACUACACAAGAUCCUCUAAGACAUGCAUUUAGGAUCAAGUCGGUGCAGCUGGCUCAAGAAUCAAUUGAUUCGAUAUGCCGAAGUGUAUCCUUUCAUCUUGGCAACUAUAUUAAACCUGCGUCACUCUCUGAGCUGAUGGUUCCAACGAUCCUAUGUGCCAGCUAUCAUGACAUGGACCCAUCCCAUACCUCGUACACCUUGUAUCAGAACAGUUCCCUUUUCAUGUCCAGAGAUGACCAUAAGCGACAUGUCAUUGUUCAGGGUCCUUGGCACAUGAUGGGUACUCUGAGCCAUGUUCUGAGCAUUUUUGCGCACAGUGAAUCCCAUGUUCUGGUGCACGUCUUGAGAGAAGGUCAGAUGGAUUGGGUUCGGACACAAUUCCUCCGGGGGCUGAGAUUGCUUCGCAUAGAUCUCGAGGGUCUGUCAGCGAAUAAUCACGGUCACUUUCAAGCAGACCGAGGUGAUCUCUAUGUCUUGAAUAUAGCUAGUGCUGAGAUCAUUGCAAAGAGACUCGUGGCGGCAUUGGCAGGGUGA